AUGCUUUCUUUUAUUUUACGGCAUAUCAAACUCAACGGAUUAUUUAAUGCCGACAAGAUUUUUAUUUCUAUCUAUCUAUCUAUCUAUCUAUCUAUCUAUCUCAAUUUUUAUUUCUAUCUAUCUAUCUAUCUAUCUAUCUCAGGGAAUUAUCAUUGGCUUUCUCUAUCUAUCUAUCUAUCUAUCUAUCUAUCUAUCUAUCUCUUUUCUCUCUCUAUCUCUCUUUUCUUUCCUCUCUCUCUCUCUCUCUCUCUCUCUCUCUCUCUCUCUCUCUCUCUCUCUCUCUCUCUCUCUGUAGAUGAUGCUUUUGGACGCCAAAGAAGGGAAAUAUUCACACACUCUGAGAAUUAUCUCUUUCAUCUUCUCUCAUCCUCUAUCUCUCUCUCUCUCUCUCUCUCUCUCUCUCUCUCUCUCUCUCUCUCUCUCGUGGACCCUCCUUUGACUCUCUCUGACUCUGUAUCUAUCUCUAUAGAUGAUGCCUUUUGGAUGCCUGUCUAUAACAAAGAAGGUGAAUUCUCUCUCUCUCUCUCUCUCUCUCUCUCUCUCUCUCCUUUUUUCUCUCUGUAUCUAUCUCUCUAUCUAUCUCUGUAG